CUCAGUGCAGUGGGAGGACUCCAGCGCCGUGACAGCAGCAGUGAGGACACACUCAGAUUAACACCAGGGUGAAGUUCUCCUCCCCGGUCACAGCCUGCUGCAGCACCACGCUGCCGCCUCUCCCUGCUCUAUCUGGAGCCAGGGAUGUGAUGGGGUUUGGAUCUGAGCCCAGCCCAGGAGAGGCUUCCCUACAGCGGGUUGUCGGGCUGAUGAUGGAGUGCCGCUGACCGCAGGGAACUUGUCUCAGUCCUCCCAGAGGCUCGUUGGGGAAUAACUCAGCCACUGGAUCAGCAGGAGAUUAAAGCCGCCUCCCUGCACCGCUACUUCCUGCCCCUCUGCUGCCAAGCUGAAGUGUGGGCAGACUGAGUGUCCAGCUCCGGGUGUCGGAGCAGCUAUAUGUUGCUCCUGGGCUUCAGUCUGCAUUCCCACUUAUUGGAGCUGACUUAUCCCAUCGCUUCCGGGUUCACACCAUGACCUUUUCAUGUCUGCCGUGAAAGUGCCAGCCUCCCUGUGAGAUGGAAAAGUCCAGACUCUACAGACUCUUCUACUACUUCAUUCUCAAUUCCCCCUUGGUGAUUUAUGCAGAUGCCGCGUUCACUGAAGUCCCGGAGGAUGUGAGUGUUGGGGAAGGAGAGGAUGUGGAGAUGCCCUGUGCCUUCAAAGCCCUCAGCUCUGCUCCUAUGUCUUUGGAAAUUCAGUGGUGGUACAACAAGCUGGACAGCCCCAAAGAAGGACCUGAUGAGCUGCAGAACAGGGUCAAGGGCAGCUUAAGAGAAGCUACAAAAAUAAGUACUGUGCGUGUUCAGGGGAACGCCAUCUCCCACCGCCUUAGCCUGUCUAAAGUGAAGAAGGAGGACGGGGGGGUGUAUGAGUGCCGUGUGUCUGAUUUGUGGGCUGAAGAGGAUCAGGACUUUACAGUUCAUGCUACACUGACCAUCACUGCAGGAGGCGGCAUGGUGGCAGAGGAGGCUGUGUCACACAUUCAGAACUGCUGGUCGCUAAGGAAUGCCAACGCAGCUCUGGGAGGGGGCCAACUGGGAGGAGCCACUUCUAAACCCAGCCAAGGACUGACAGGAGGAUCCAGGGAAGGGCAGGAGAAGCAGCGGGUUCCUCAGCUGGCCCAGUCUGACCUCCUGCCCUCCGUGUCGUCCACCACGGACUUGGCCACUACCUCAGUGGCCAAGUCCGCCGCCUCGCAGCUGCCGGAGAGCGCAGCAGUCCUCUGGCACAGAGCUGAAUUCUGGCAAUCCUCCUGUUGCCCUGUAGGAAAGUACCAUUCCAUUUCUGUAAGUUAUGCCCUUUAUUGUCACACACUGUGCAAGGUUGACCUCUAGUAUGUCUGGGAAUCUAUGCCUAAUGAUGUUUGCCAUCUCUUCUUUAAGCAAAUCCACUGGAAAUGUUGUUAUAGCUGAGACCUCGAGUUUAGACUUACCAAGAGAUGGGGAGCUUAGAUGGUAUGCUAUCAUCAUCUGAUGCUUUGAGGCCAAUGAGAGAGGUACAUUUUUGAAGCAGCUUGUGUGUCUGAUGACCUGCUUGAAAAAGCUAUGCUUAGCUUCAAAACGCAUUGUCCACUGCCCAACUACUGGACCGAAAAGCCUGAUCAUCUGUGGAUAAUGCUCCAAAUAAUGGUGUUUGGGUAGUAGCUUGAUAUCAGGGAGCAGUGCCUGAUAUCUCUGUCUGUGCUCUAUGAUUUUGCUUUCCAAAAAGGCCAGUGAGUCAUCACUAUGAGCAGGAGAAACAACAAGUUUGGUUAUAUCCUUCAGAUCCAUGAGAACAAGCCACGCAGGCUCAUCCUCAGGCACAAGUGAUCCAACUAAAAAAGGCAAGAACCGAAGCAAACUCCAAUUUUUGUGUGCAUUUCCUCCAACAGUUUUUGUGCUACAGAAGGUUUGUGACACUACAUGAGGUCUGUUUGUCUUAUCUGCCCAUUUGUAGGGGAACUUCAGAAUCGCAUUGUUCAAGUCGGCUAAUGUGAAAAACUUCUUUGAUAUGAGGACUGUCAAGCAAUGAGCCAACUCUACUGGGAUUAUACCCUCAAAAACAUCAUGGGCAAGAUCUGGUGGAUAACCAAAAAUUACAUGAAAGUGCGACAGAUUUUUUGAGAAGACACAUUCUCUUUUAACGCCAUAACAGCUUGUACCUGUCUCUUGAGCUUCUUUUACAUGGACCUGCUGAAGCUCUUUGUUUCUUAGCUGGAAAACACCAUAUGCUACAGAAUGUAGCUGAAUGUCACUGCUUCUACCUGUGCAAAAUCUGCAAUAAUAUUCCACAGAAAAACUUUGCAUAAAUCCUGCAACACUGUGUGCACCAAGGUUAUCUGGAACUACACUUAUGACUGUACUUUUAACCAACUCUCCUAAAAGUGGAACAUAAAUGCCAUGUUCUUCAAGAUUUUUCAGAUCAUGUAGAAGAGGUUCCAAUAUUUUGUCAACCGUAGGUUUUAACAUCUGUGGUUUUGCAUAACACUGCUAAGUAGAUGGAGGAUAAGGAAGAAUGAGAUUCAGGAGGCAAGUUAGCUAAAACCCAAUAAAUGGCACAAAGUUUGUGUUUCUUCCGUGAGGUACCAAGUGGGUUACACACUUCAAAGUCAUCCACAUAAAAACGUAAAGAAAGCCUUAGCUUCUCUCCAGUAAGGAAAGUAUUUUCCUUAAAUAAGGAACCAUCACUUGAUUUCCGAUAACAAUAUGAACCAGUAGUAUUUGUUUCCUUCUGUUUUUUGUGGCAUUCAACUACUUCAUCAACAAUAUCACUUCUAUUCAAAAGCUGCUGUAACAACUUCAGUAAUGGUACAUAUUGGAAGCUUUGUUUAUUUUUAACAUCAAGGAUAUAUUCAACUGGUUCUACAACACAGAAAUUAUUCUUGUAAUACUUCUUACGCAGAUACUCUGUGCUUAGAAGACCACCCUUUUGUAUGCAUUGUGGCACAGGAUUGCCUGAACAAACUGCACUAACAGUCUCUGUGACAACCACAUUAUCUACAUGUAGGUUUCUUUGAUUCAAUAUGUUUGUUACAAUGUCACAGGACAAUGGUAUGGGUGCAGUACAAAUCAAAUGAUACAGCUCCUCUAGAAAUGCAUCAGUAGCUGUGCUUGGAACAUGGACCAAAUGCUCGAGUUUUAGCAAAGCAGCUGCAAAUCUUUGCUCUAUGAGUUUUUCCAAGUCCUCAGUAUGACACGGGCUGUGUGAAGGAACAAUGGCAUCCAACUGCUCUACAAACUGACUAUUUCCCUCAAAUUCAUUUGCAGAAGGGGUCUCUUUUUUAACUAUGCCUUGUUUAAAAUCAAACACAGUGUAGUGACUGUACGGUUUUUGUGUGACGUAAAUGUAGAGUAAACGUUUGUUUUAAAGUUACAACCUAGGAACAUACAAGUAAGUGUCUCAUUUCUUUUUAGAUGUGAAUAUAUGUGAGCAAAAUAGUCCCGCACUGAUGCCAAAUCAUUGCAUUCACAAAGGUGACAACAGAAAAUAGCUUUUGUUGUAGUGGUCAACACUGUUUUGUGGCAUUUAUUUUGAUGGACAAUAAGUGCAUUCCAUGUUUUAAAGGUGCAUGGACAAUGCAGGUAUGUACAUGGAAAGUGGCAAUGACGUCCAAAAUGUGGAUGUUUUAAUUUGUAGUGAUGCAAAAGCU